UAAAGGAAUUAAAGCAUAGAAAUGACUUAUUCUCACGUCCCAUCUUUAAAAUUUUGUGCUAAACAAAUGCUUAAUAUGUAUCCCUUUUCCAUUCUACUUCUCUUAAAGUCCAUUUACCUUUAAAUACAACCAAAUUUUGUUAUGAGCUUAAAAUCUCUCCCCCCCCUCUCCUCUGUCUCAAAACUAAGAAAUGGAUUUAAGAGUUAUUCAAGAAAGGAGAGUCAUUUUACCAACAAUGAUGAACAACAACAAAAUGAAGAAGUUGGGAAGAAAAAGCCUUCCUUGUGUUGCAGUGCUCACAAGACCAGCAGAGAGUGGAGUAAUAGAAGAAACAAGAAAAACCAAUACUGUUUAUACAGAUAAUUGGUUUGAUAAAAUAGCCAUACACCAUCUGUCUCAGGCAGUACAAGCAACAUCAGGUUGGAGAAGCAAAAAGAGUGGAUAUGAAAGCUUGGUGGAAGUGACAACAAUGGCAUCAAGAAAUUUCAACCAGAUCAAACAAAGGGAAGUUGUCAUUCAAGCCCUUGGAAGGGCAUUUCCAAAGCCAAUACUCUCUUUGAUAAAAGCAUUGGUACCACAAUCCAAAUUCGCAAGGGAAUAUUUUGCUGUAUUCACCACUGUCUUCUUUGCUUGGUUAGUUGGACCCUGCGAGGUGAAGGAAUCAGAAUUCGAAGGGAAAAGGGAAAAAAAUGUGGUUCAAAUCCAUAAGUGCAGGUUCCUAGAGCAAACUAAUUGUGCUGGAAUGUGCAUUAAUCUAUGCAAGUUUCCAUGUCAGGAUUUCAUCAAGGAUUCCUUGGGAAUGCCCGUCAGCAUGGUCCCCAAUUUUGAUGACAUGAGCUGUGAGAUGAUAUUUGGAAAGGAUCCACCAGCUCCAAUUGAUGAUCCAGCACUUAAGCAACCAUGUUACAAACUAUGUAUUAACCUUAACACAAUUCUUCUUCUUCCUUUCCUUAUUAUUACCUUUUACUUCUUUACCUGUGAGUGGAGAAGUCAAUAUAUUCAAAUAACUCACUGGGCAAGGUAGCAGGACUACGACAGGCCCAAACCAUAUUUUUAGGGGGAUGGUAAUAUGAGUUAAAAAUGAUUCUGAUCUUUUUUGUUUACAUUUUGCAGGCAAAUCGAAAGAGAAACAUACGACAAACUGUUUCAUUUAGAGCAAAGGGACGCUGAAAGAAAUUUUUAGGAUGAAAUCCAUUUUAGCUCCCAAUUGUUUUUGUUUCCAGUAUUUUCUGGACUACAGGAGAACCUCUUUUCUACUUCCAAGACGAACCAGAUAGUUUUACUGUUUAGGCAUCAGAGCAAAAGUAACUUUGCAGGAAUUUCGCUUUCUGAUCAUUGUAUUAGUUCGAAGAUGAAAACUACAAUAUUGUCAGAUAACAUGAACACAAUUAAAAGCAUGUGUAUAGGAAAAAGGUUAAGAUGCAGCAAUUACAAUCGGUUAUCUUCAUGUGAAAUGCUAAAAUGGAGUAUGGACAAUAUAUUUCAUAGUGCCUUAUUAGAAAGAAAACCAUCAAGAUGGAACCACCUUGCUAAUCAGCACAAGAGGUCAGGCUAUUUGGAAAACAUGAGCAAUAAUUUAUAGAUUGGUAACCUAUAAUUGUUCUCUUCAAUAUUUUGCUAUUAUUCAGAUCUACAGACUAUAAACAUUAUGACAGCAGAAGACUCUAAACCAUGGGUAUUAUUGUUCAAAUUUUCACAAAAGGACGCUCUCUGUUGACUCUAUAAACAUCAUCACAAGAAUUAUCAGUUAUUCAGCUCUCACUAGGAAACUCCAUCUUCGGUAUUUGUGAGACUGUCCAUCCCGAUACAACAAAACAUAAUUCAUCUCGUACAUAAUCCAUUUUGAAAACCUCAGUUAACUGGCGGUAACAAAAGAUAUUUUAUGAUAGCCUACCUCCGUAAUGCAAUAUAAAUUGAUCUAGUCAAUUUUUAGAGAGCUUGUCCACGUGAUACAAUUAUAAUGGUUGUUUAUAACAACCUCAAUGAAUUUGAAGCGACGGAAAGAUGCAAACAUGGAUAUGAUUAGGCUAAUUUGAUCCACAAACUACAAGGACAAUAUCGAUGAUUAAUUCCAAUUGCUGAUACACUAAUGAUCAUUCAGAUAUUCAAAGAAAUUAGUACUUUUAAUGAUUAUUCAUUUUGCUCUCUUUGAUAAGGCUUAAAACUGGAAUUAUACGUAUCAUUUUCCUAUUUAGAAAAUGGUAAAUUUCUUUAUUAAAGGUAAGCAUUUUGACCAGGGAUUUAUUUGUGGGUAUUAAGGUCAGCAAAUGUGGACCAAGAUUGUUUCCCACUUCAUUUUGUUUCCAAGUAACCAGGCUAAGAUUCUUGUGAUGUCUUGUCUCAUUAUGAGGGCGACUGAGUACCCAAACCCACUGUGAACCGAUAUAAAAUUCAGCAACAAGUUUCUUUUAUGGGAAGGUUAAAUCUGCAACCAAUAAGAGGAGGAAUAUAUCUGGACAGCAAGGGACAUCAAGAUGAAACCACCAUGCUAAUCAGUACAAGAGGUCAGGCUAUUUGGAAAGCUUGAACAAACCCGUUCUAAGAAUGCGGCUUUACAUCAGAAUUAAAACUUCUUUAAACAACAAAACAGCAUUUCCCCAUAAGAAGCACAUUCAAAUAUGCAGUCGUGAUUUAAAUGUAAGGCAAAAACAAGUUUGAAACGACGUUUCAUCGAAACGGAAGGAAGCUAUUUUAUUAGAAAAUUGUAAUCUUCAUAAUAUUGCAAAGAUUGUUCCUUAGAAAAUAAGGAUUGUUUCUUCGGCUAGGACUCCUCUCCCCUCUCCCCCCACCUCAUUAUCUUCAUCACACCUCUGUUUCUUCUAUUGUCAUUAAUGAAUCCAUCUUCUAUCCUCCAAUUUCUCCCUCGAUAUUCUAAUCACAAAAUGCAUGAGAAGAGGAAAAAAGGGGAAGGAAAAAGAAGCAGAAGUCAUGCGCUUCCUAUGAAAAGGAAAUUGGGGACCUUUUCACUUUUAGUAUAUGGGUCAACGUCCUUACUUCAGUAAAUUUUCCAGAGUCUGCUUUCUACCCUAUUUGUCCCAUCUUUAUCUUCUUCUCAUGCCAUUAAGUGCCACAUAUAAAAUUGAACUUGACCAGGUGUGCAUAAAGGUACCACGUUUAUGGUAAAAAAAUCUUGAAAACAUAGAACAUCCACCACGAACCAGAGAUAAAACAAUAUAAAACCAGAAUAAAAAGCAGUUUACAACGUAAUAUCCUGUAACCGUGGAGGCUGGAGAUAGAUUCCUGGCAGUGGUAGAUGUAGUCUUGCUUUUCUUUUUAGAAGAGAGAGAAAUUUCAUGAAUGAAUGAAAUAAUAGGAGGAAUAGCUCCAAACACCUAUGGUGGAGUACAUGAAGACUUUCCAAUUGGAAAGCAAAUAAGAAAGACUAAAAUCAGAGAAAGACGAUAAUGUUUACACCAAUAAGAAGCAUGAAAAAGAAUCACAAUUACUUUACCAGGUAGUAGUAGUCUUGUCCUCACAAUGACUUUACCAGGUUCUUACUAAGCAGCCCAAAACUUCGGGCUGUGUCUCUUCCAGGUUGUUGUAGGCCCUGAGGAAGAAAAAUGGGAUUUUGGCUGUCCUAUCUCAGGCAGGGAAGCCCAAAUAAACAGUUUUAUUAACUGAAAUGCCCAUUGAAUGGCCACUUUCUCUACCUUUUUAAAUCAGCGAGGUGUCAAAGCUCCUACUUCUAAGUUUCAGGGAUCUUGAAAGUUAUUAAGUUGAUUUAUCAAUAGAUCAACAACUUGGUAAAUCCAAUCCCACCUGCCCGUCUUCCCAAUAUCUAACUGACUAGUGACUACUUUAUUUAAAAAAAUAAAAUUCGACUCAGACAAUUGGGAAAACACAUAGCCAGCUUCUACUCCAUAAUUAUUGAUGAGUAAGAAAAUUUCACUUUGAAAGUUAGUAAUGAUGCAGUCUCUCUUUUUUCGUUCAAUUCAAUGAUAUACAAGGGUGGAGAUGGAGAUUCAAACUUUUAACAUCUUAAGCUUUUGCUAGUUGAGUGACGCUCAAAUCGGCAAUGUUAUGAUGUAGUCAUUUCUUCUAAUUUCAAAAUAUAUUUAGUCAUACAAAAAAGGCAAAAUAAAAAGGCCAUGCUUAUUCCUUUUGCUUUAUGAUAAAUCCUCCCACUAAUAUUGAUCAUGUCAAAUUAGUCUAGAGAAACAAAAGAAAACAUAGUUCAUGUUAACCCCUUCCUGUUGAUUUCAGCUUGAAGCUGCUGUGAGCUCUCCCAAAUCUCUCACGAGAAUGAAAAUAUUAUAAGAGAAAUUAAUGUCAUUCAACCAAAUGACAAUCAGUAAAAAUAAAUAAAUAAAUACUUAAAUAACAAACAAACAAACUUUUAUGAUGAAAUUUUCUUGAGGGUUUUCCGCCAUAAUUGGUUGCGAGAGAGAGAUCUUGCUGGCCCAUUUCUGUCAGUGGGGACUGAGAUGUUUCAUGUUAUUAUCGAUAAAUGGUUGAACUGUUUCCGGCUCUCCUCUACCAAAAUGGUAGAUGCCUAUUAUGAACAUGGCUUAACUUUUUGUUUUAACUAUUCAUAGAGUCCUCUUAUUGUAACUAUAAAUUAUAAUAUAUUUCCCUACGCAUACCAGAUUUUGAGUUUUAUCUUUAGAGCUUUUAGAUUGUUCUCAUGAGAUAUGACAUUAAUAAUUGGGGCUGUAAGUAAUAUAAACUGAGAGAAAAGAAAUUAGACUAGAAGGCUUUUAAUGGACACAUCUCUUCUUAGUUGGGAGAGGGAGCAUCAUAGGUGGCUACAACUAAAUCUUCUGGGAAGUUUCUUCCUACGGUUAGAGAAGCUGUCAAUAUUGGACUUUGCCAUAAUAACACCCAAGAAAGGCAAGGGAAGGAGUAGGUGAGUUAUGUCCAAUUUAAUACUGUAUAAGUUAUAAAUAAAAGAUCGAAGGUGUGACGGUGGGCAACUAUAAUUGUAGCACCAAACUAAUCUAAUUUAAUAUCUUCCAGUGAAAAUGAAUGAACUCAUAAUUUUGGACUGAAGCAACCAAAGUUUGAUUUGUGGUGUGUUCAGAAAUCAAGCCUACACUUGUUUUUAUUAAUCCAAUGAAAUUCACUUGGUUGAAACAAUUCAUCAAACAGUUGGUGCACGAGACUUACUGACCUCGAUCUUAGCAAAAAAGCAAAGCUCAAUACGGCGUUUGUUGGCUGUCACGUUCGUCUCCUUUUCACCUAAACCUACAGACGGAUCUCAUUAACUGACAACAAAGCAUUCAUAUUGACUGCCAUUGACAAAAUUAUCAUCUGGCAAAAAAAGGCUCCAUGAAAAGGGGGACAAUGAUUGAGUACGAUGCAGAGAUAAUAAGCAAUGGCCACAAAAAUGAGAAGGAACAGCAUUGGACACAUAAUUAAGUUUACAAAAACGUACCUCCC